AUGAACUAUACCAUGGUUCAAAAUAACACAAAAGACCGAUAUGAGGAAGCUUUUGUCAAAAAUUUCAUCAUUGUUCUUCUUGGGAUCACAAUUAACUCCAUCAAUGGAGUAUUUGUUUUCACAUUCUUUAGGAGUUCAAUGUUCUACAAUGAUUCGAGAUAUAUAUUAUAUAUUCAUUUGGUUAUCAAUGAUAUGCUCAUGGUUUGCAUUACUGUAACUCUUUAUGUGAUGUCUUAUGCAUGGCAGAAUGUACCUGUCCCGUUUUGUAUUAUACUGCUAAUGACAGGUGCAACAACUCAUAAGAACACUCCACUGACUUUGGCUGGUAUGGCCGUUGAGCGUUACAUUGCCAUCUGCAAACCACUGCAUCACUCUCAGAUUUGCACUGUGCACAGGACGUACAUCCUAAUCUCUCUGAUUUGGGGAGUUGGAGUUAUUCCUGGAUUGGCCGAUUUGAUUAUCACUUUAAUUGUUCGUCCAUUAUCUCUCUUUACAAAAAGUACUCUCUGUAGUACAACAUAUCUGUACAACACACCAUACAAUGAAGAUAAAAGCAAAGUUAUUAAUGGUUUUUAUACAGCUGUUGUGUGGCUAAUUCUUGUAUUCACAUAUUGUAGAGUGCUGGUUACAGCCAGAAAGACCACCAGUGAUAAAUCUUCAGCUAAAAAGGCCCAGAACACCAUCCUGUUACAUGGAGUACAGCUAAUGCUCUGUAUGUUGUCCUACAUUACUCCUCUAAUAGACAUAAUGUUUGCCCCUCUUCUACCUGCUCAGUGGACAAAAAUCACCUUUUUCAAUUAUCUACUAGGAAACAUAGUACCGCGACUACUUACUCCCCUGAUUUAUGGUGUUCGCGACCAGAAGUUUUUGAAAGAAAUGAAGGAACAUUUUACUUGUAAAGUUAUUAUUUUAUAA